AUGUCCCCCUCUUCUGAGGACAAAAAGCAAAAGGAAACACCCCUGGCUAAUGCUGUGUUUUGGGCAGCGAGGAAGGGGAACUUGGCUCUGCUUCAACUGCUACUCAACAGCGGGCGAGUGGACGCAGACUGCAGAGACAGUUAUGGAACAACAGCGCUGAUGGUGGCAUCAUACAGCGGCCAUUAUGGCUGUGUUAAAGAGCUUAUCAUGCAAGGGGCUGAUAUCAACUACCAAAGAGAGACAGGUUCUACCGCUUUGUUCUUCUCCUCCCAGCAAGGACACCAUGAAGUUGUAAAGCUCCUCUUUGAAUUCGGUGCCUCCACUGAAUUCCAGACAAAGGAUGGUGGCACAGCUCUCACUGUCGCAUCUCAGUACGGUCACUCCAAAGUGGUGGACAUCCUGCUGAAAAAUGGAGCCAAUGUUCACGACCAGCUGAACGAUGGUGCCACCCCUCUUUUCCUUGCUGCCCAAGAGGGUCAUGUGACUGUGAUUCGUCAGUUGCUGUCAUCCGGUGCCAAGGUCAACCAAUCUAGGGAGGAUGGCACUGCCCCCCUGUGGAUGGCAGCCCAAAUGGGUCACAGUGAGGUGGUGAAGGUGCUGCUCUUACGUGGUGCUGAUCGGGAUGCUGACAGACAAGAUGGAUCAACAGCGCUGUUCAAAGCAGCGCUGAAAGGCCACAGUGGCGUCAUUGAGGAACUCCUCAAAUUUUCUCCAUCACUUGGCCUUCUUAAGAAUGGCUAUACUGCCCUUCAUGCUGCUGUUAUGAGUGGAAAUCUUCAAUCUGUUCUGCUGCUACUUGGAGCG